CUCGCAGUCACCGCGAAUUAGAAUCGCGACCAUCUAAAUGCCACAUGACGCAAAUGUUUGGACAUAACGCGCGCUGUGAUGCAUCUUGCGAUCAACUUUGCUGCUCGUAAGUUGAGGGGUUGGCGGUUGCGAAUGGUGAUCCUGUGCUGUGUGGCUACAUUAUCCAUUACGAUGUUCUACGUCCAUAUUAUUCCACGGUGGAGUGGCGAUAAUUCCUCGAGUGGGCAAGAAUUCUGGAAUUAUCCAGAUGAUAUGCUAUGGCCACAAUCCUCGGGAAAACACCAAGGGCUACAUGUAUAUGUAGUUGAAGAACACCACGAAGUUAUUCCAGUCUGGGUGAAUUAUCUGAAGAUGAAUCAUGGAAAAAAGGCAGUUCUGAUUCAUAUAGAUGCCCACGGUGAUAUGGAUUUUCCUGAAAUUGUGGAUGGCUUCCCCUUGGGCCGAUUUCCCCAAUCCGAUAUUGAGGUUUCUACUAUGAUGCAAGCAAACGACGUAUUCAUUCAGAGUGCCAUUGUUGGACAACUGCUAAAGGAUGUCUACUCUAUAUUUCCUCCGUGGGUGCCUUCGGAUUGCUCGGUUGAUCACUUUUACUUGGGACUAAAUGGUCCUUCUCGGGAUGCGCAAUUAUGUUUGUGUCCAACACGCAGUUCCGUGUCGUGCAAAAUGUUCAGGCGAUCUGAAUAUCUGAAGGAAUCGUUGAUUUCUUCCAAAGAAUGCCGCAAAGAGUGGGUAUUCUCCCACUACGAAUGCGGCUCUGAUGAUGCGGCGCCGGUUUUACGAUCAACGUUAACAAACUUGAUCCGUCUCCCCAGUGUUUCGUCAUCCACAUCACCCACCUCCCUGGCGUAUUACAACAGGAACCCAAUUAUAGUAGACAUAGACGAAGAUUUCUUCGGAGUUUACUUGGUCGCACGCAAUCUGACAGAUACUGGAUUAAAUAUUAUUGCCAUUUUACAGCUUGACCGAACGAUUCAAUCAAUAUUCUGUCCAAAAAGGGCAGUCGACGAAUCUUUCAUCGACACUUGGUUCCAGGAGCUGCUGGCUUACGUAAGAGCCACAUGUGCUCGAGCACUUUCGGGUAUGGAGGUAUUCGAGUGCCAGCGUAACAUCAGCGAACGAGUGUAUGACAGCUUGGUACAAAUGAACCCUGCGUGGUUAUGUCAAGAAGACAAUGGACCAUCUCUUCAAGACCUAGUGGAAACGCUAACACAUCCGACGAUAACAAAUGAGCAACUGCUGGCACUAUCACGUGUCGGACUAUGCCUCACCAACGCUUGGUCUUCAUAUGCUUACGAACCACGCAUGCGGCUGUGUAUAGGGCACAAUAGCCCCGGAAUGACUUUGGUCAAAGAACAUGUCCCCGACACGGAGGAGCUAAUGUUAUUGGCAUCCAAUCUUACCAAGGUAUUGCUGGCGAUCCCACAGAAGCCCGCUCUGAUUACCCUGUGUAGGUCAGCUCGUGAUGGUUACACGCCGCGCUGGUUGCAGCCUACCAUUGAGUACACUAUCACUGGCAUACUCAAAAGAUUAUUCAACUUAACACAGGGAGAUAUAAGCUACUCUCCUCGUCUGGCAGGUGGAGUUAACGGCUGGCAAGAUCGCAACUCCUGACCGAUCGCGCUUUUAUCAGUUCCUAGGUUUCUCGGGUAACCCAGCGUACAUUCUUCUGUCCACACUGAGAAUGAGGACCUCGCCCCAAGAUUAGUGCCUGCAGUAAAAGUGGAAGCAUGAACAACGACCUAUAAUUAUUACAAGUGAAAGUAAAAUAUUUUUUGGGA